AAUAAUGUAACAUGGAAAGAUGCGUCAGUUAGGAGAGCUUGGAUACAAGGACUGCUCUGUAUGGUACAGCACAAGCAGGCUCUUACCCUUCUACAUCGGGGUGGGCUGACAGAAGUGAUGUUAGGUAUUCUGACUGACUCCAGCCUGUUUGUUGCAUCUGCUGCGAAUGGCCUUGUAGCUCACGUUUUCCUUAUGAGUGUGACCCUGGAAAGACAAGCAGACAACAGAUGUAUAUCUGAUUUACCAGACACGGCACAAACCAUCUUCAGAUAUCUAGAGAAACUCCUCACCUCCGGUACUACCCAUUUAGUGACACAGUCCUUAAAAGCUCUGACCGCCAUCUUCAGGGGCUCCCCAGAUACACUGAUAGACAUUCUUUGGCCAAGAAUGUCAGAGCUGGUAAAAUCUUUGCUGAAUCAUAAACCCGUCCUUGGGUCACCUCAUCUGGAGGGUCUGCUGCUUACUUUGACCAGGUUCCCCAUGUUCUACAGUGCUGACAGUGAUCUGUGGAUGGUGGUCAAAUGUAUUCUAAAAGAAUUAAGUCCUCUUCAAGCUGGUUCACUAACUUUUGGGCUUCUAAACUUAAAGCAAUGUCCACAGGAUGUCCGCCUGCAGUCUCUAUGUGUACUGCUCCACCCACUGGACUGCAUACUGAGCGUUUCAGAGGAUAAUUUUGGACAGCCAGGUCUUCUAGAUGAACCUGUGUGCGAUCCAGUCCUUGUUGAGAGCCUCCUGUCUACAAAAUCUUCAUGUACUGGACUGUUGUGUCAGUGUCUGAGCCAUCUAACAGAUCUGAGUGAGAAGGGCUGUCUUCCGACACAGAUUCCCCAUGACUCUGUUCUGAAUUCUGUUGUGUCAGUGCUGAAGUUGUGC